UUUUACACAUAAUCUGUUAACAUUUAAAAUUUUGGACUGUCGAAUCUAACAUGUCAAAUAGUACACUAGUUUUUCUGAAGAGUUGUGAAACCCGGUUGUAUGUCAUUAUCAGCCAGAGGACGUGUGUGGAUCCGCAAACAGUGAAGAAGAUGCUCAUGCUGCAGGUUAGCAGGUGCAUAAACUUUGAUUUCCGUCACACUAUGAUUCAUGGUGCACCUGGGACCCUCCUGGGAUUUGCCUCUGGAGCAAGACCCGGACUCCCCUUCCGCAGGUGUCCCUGGCUGCUCGGUGUGAGGAAGGCACUCUGCUCUCAGCCAGCCUCCACCUACCGCCGGUGUCCCCCUUCCAGCAGGGAACUUCUUCACCUGGGCCUGAAACAACCUGCCCCCUGUUUGAUCCAUCCCUCUUAUAGAACCUUCUCUCAGGGCCCCAAAAACCCCACGCCAGGAUAUACAUUGCGCACUCGCCUGGUGGUGACGCUGCUCUUCGGUGGGGGAAUUUUGGCCACCUGGUGGUAUGUAUAUGCCGAAAAGCAGCAGAAGAUGCAGAUGCAGCGCAUGGAGCAGCUAAAGAAGGUGGCCCUGGGACAUGGAUGCUUCAGCCUGCUGGACCACACGGGUCAGCGCCGGACUAAGGCAGACUUUCUGGGCAGGUGGGUUCUCAUGUAUUUUGGUUUCACACACUGCCCAGAUAUCUGCCCCGAUGAGCUGGAGAAGCUGACUAAUGUGGUGAAGGCACUGGACGAGGAGGCAGGGCUCCCAUCCGUCCAGCCUCUCUUCAUCACUGUAGACCCAGAGAGGGACGACGUAGCUGCUAUGGCACGGUACGUGAAGGACUUCCACCCACGCCUAGUCGGCUUGACAGGCACACCCGAGGAGGUGAGGGAGGCCAGUCAAGAUUACAGGGUGUACUACAGCAAAGGUCCCAAAGACGAGGACAACGACUACAUUGUGGACCAUACCAUCCUCAUCUACCUGAUUAACCCAGACGGACUCUUUCUGGAUUACUAUAACAGAACUGUAAGCGACAUGCAGAUGUUGCAAAGCAUCAGAAAUCACAUGAAAGCCUAUAUGAAGAUGUCGCCUAAAUAAAAUAAUAAACAGGACCUUAUGGUCAGAAAAAAUACUCACCAGUCCAGCAGAGUGUUUUUUUUUUUUUUUUUUAAUUAUUUUUUUAAAAUAAUUUGCUUGCUUUAUCCAUGGGUUAGAUGUACAUGGACAUGUUGUUUUUCACAACAGCAUGUCCCAGUUUUCCAGACUCGACUUUAUUUUUAAAGGUCAACUUUUUAUCCAUGAUAAUAUUCUUAAUGUCUUUGAGGUGGUGUAUUGAGCAUGUGUUAUGGGUGAGAUCAUUUCAGUGUGGCUUUUGUGUAGCUUGUUCAUUUUCAAUUGGCUGCGUAGGUGGACGCUCACUUUGUCAAAAUGAUCACAUUUCAGAAUCACACAAGAAUGCAUAUGUCAUAACCCUUUAAAUUGACUAUUUAAGUAUAGGUAAUAUUCUGGAAAAAAAAAAAACUGAGUCAUUCAAGAUACUGUUGAGAUUAAUGUAGUGAAAGCAACAUUAUGACUAAGUAAACAAAGAUGCAGUUGGUGACAAUAGUUAUUGGAAGUGACAGCUUGAAUAUACAUGUACUGCAUUGUUUGUUGAUAAUGCCAUGAUGUUCCUUUCAUUGUACUAUCACUGUCAUUCUUGAAUGACUCAAAUUUUUUUAUCUGUGUAAGAUGCAGUUUGGAUAAGCACAUACUGCAUUGUUUCUUUCUGGAAAAGAAACUUGCUGCCAAUGACAAAGUUUUCUGUUUCUUUGUCAUACUUGUGUAGUGCAUAACAAUUUGUAAGUGUGACUACCUCUUCCUGCCUCAUUACUUUCAUAUCUUUGGACUGGAUUGCACAAUUUACAUAUAUUCCAACAUGAAUAUUAUGCUGUAAUGUUUUAAACUCUAUAUAAUUAUUGUGAUGUUCCCUAUAUUCAGCUCAGGAUCAGAUAACGAACUGUAUUUAUUACAAAAUGUGUUUAACAGGAAACCUGUCUAGUUCUUUAGUGAACAUGGAGUACACAAGCACUGAUGUUACUUGUUAGGGUGCAGCUCUUUUUUCUGCUUCUACCAUUACAGCAUAUCUGUAAGGUAUCUCAUACUUAGCGAGGGCUGUGUAGUACCACAGGCAGCGCCUCCACCAUUUCAAAGAGGUUCAAAUCCAGUUCAGUUUGUUUGGAGUAUUCCAUGUUCUCCCAAGUGUCUGUGAAGAAGAAGGGCCUUACGCGAAGCCAGCUAGAGGCAAAGGCACACAAUAGAGGAUUCUGGAGGUCUCUUGCUGAUGACCUAUACCCCAGGAGGGGUGAUGGGAUCUAACCCAACCAAGUGUUUAUGCUGGUUUCCCCUCACAGCCCAAAAACCUGUCUUCUACCAGAGUUGCGACACUAAAUUGCUCAUAAUGUGUGCAUAUCAAACCGCUACACUGCAAUAGAGUGGAGUUCCAUCCAGGGUGUACCCCCCCGUUGCUUAGCUCCCAGCAAUUCCAGAAUGGGCUCUGGACUGCGGUGACCCUGAAAAAGACAAGUGGUUAAUGACAGUGAGUAAGUGUGUAGUACCUCAUCAGAUGCAUAAUGUUCAGUUCUCCACAGUCACUGCAGAGUGGGCAUCGAUCACAGUGCUACGUUUUAGGAAGUCCUCAUGUUUACCCCUCAACUGCGAAUAGAUCCAAUCUACCUCUGCAGGACUUUGCACAUGUACGACUUCCAUGUUUACAUUGCGCACUGCA